GACACUAUAUAACCAAACAAAAUCACCAAUUAAUUUCCAUUACCAACUCCGAAACUAUGGCCAAGUGGAGUUUCAAUCCACGACUUACCCUGUUCUCCAUCAUCCUCUUAUUCUUUUUAUCCUCACCAUUUACAACCUUAGCUUCUAUUAGCGAACAUUUGAGCUUAUAUACUUUUACAAAAUGUCUUGAAAAACAUACUUUUGGCUCUGAUUACCCAAUCUCAGAGGUCAUAUACACCCGAGAUAACUCCUCUUUUCAGGAGAUCCUCGACAAUAGAACCAACAAUCUUCGAUAUCAGCAACCCACCACUCGUAAACCACUGCUCAUCGUAGCUCCCAAGAGCGAGCUCAAUGUGCCGGCAGUAGUAACCUGCGCCAGAGCUCAUGGUAUUAAGAUUAAGACAAGGAGCGGGGGCCAUGACUACGAGGGAAUUUCCUUCACGGCCCCCUAUCCUUUUAUCUUACUCGAUAUGUUCAACCUCAACUCUGUUGAGGUGAACAUUGAGGAAGAGUCAGCGUGGGUCCAAUCAGGAGCCACGCUGGGUCAGAUAUAUUAUAGGAUUGCGGAGAAAAGCCCUGUUCAUGCGUUCCCUGCGGGGAUAUGCCCGAGUGUAGGGGCAGGUGGGCAUUUUAGCGGAGGUGGGUAUGGAGCUUUGAUGAGGAAGUACGGGUUGUCAGUGGAUAAUAUUGUGGAUGCUCGUGUUGUGGAUGCAAAUGGAAGAAUAUUAGAUAGGCAAAUGAUGGGAGAAGAUUUUUUCUGGGCUAUAAGAGGUGGUGGAGGCUCAAGUUUUGGGGUUAUUUUGGCUUGGAAGCUUCAUCUUGUUCGUGUUCCUCUCAAGGUCACUGUUUUUGAUAUUACCAAGCAUGUCUUUUCUCCAGGAGUGAACCACAUCUUGUUCAAAUGGCAAAACAUAGCACACAAGCUUCCCAAAGAGCUUCUUAUAAGGGUGGAAUCAAGUCCUUCAUUAAAUUCUCAAGGCAACAUAACAAUCUACGCAUCAUUCAUUUCUAUGUUUAUUGGAGACACAGACGGUCUUCUUCAUAUUAUGAACAAACGCUUCCCGGAGCUAGGCUUAAAGCGGUCUGACUGUAAGGAGAUGUCUUGGAUAGACUCCGCCAUGUUUUGGCAUCGAAUUCCUGAAGGAACUCCUCGUGAAAUCUUACUCACAUACGACAUAAAGCAUCCAUCAUACCGUAAAAUUAAGGGUGACUUCAUCAAGAAGCCCAUUCCUGAAGCUGCACUUCCUCAAGUAUGGGAAAAAAUCAUGCAACUAGGUUGUGUAUUGUACAUGGAGUGGACUCCUUAUGGAGGUAGAAUGGGGGAAAUUGAUGAAUCUGCUGUUCCUUUUGCUCAUCGAAAGGGGGUUUCGUUCAUGGUUUUUUACGAUUUCUUAUGGCUUGAAGAUGGUAAGGAUGAAUAUUACUUGAACAAAGCUAGGGAAUUUUAUGCUUUUAUGGAACAGUUUGCGUCUGAUUCUCCAAGGGAAGCUGUUCUAAACUAUGUUGAUUUGGAUCUUGAAUUUGGUUGGGAGAAAUACUUUAAAGGAAACUUUCCUAAGUUAGUGAGGAUUAAGACAAUGGUUGAUCCUACUGAUUUUUUCUCUCAUGAGCAAAGUAUCCCAACAUUGUAUAAGCUGCUACAGUACAGAGAAAUGAGAAAAAAUUACAACAAUCUUUUGCAAUUGCCCAUGUAAUUCCUAUUUUAGUCUAAGUGUUAAGCUCUUUUGGAACUUUCAAAUAAUUACUGCUAUGUAUUUUGAAGCAGUGCUUAACUGAUUAGAUUUGUAAUGGUGAAAACAUUCAUACAUUGAUCCUAUUACAUUUUUGACAAAGCAAAAA